AUGUCUUCCUUCAAGGGCUCCGUCAGCGUUACCCACAUCGGUACUGCCACUGCGCUUCUUCAGAUUGACAAUGUCACCUUUUUGACGGAUCCUCUGUUCGCCGCUGCUGGUACCGAAUGGGACCUCACCGUUGUUGUACUCAAGGCGACCCAGAGUCCUGCUAUUAAGCCAGAAGACCUCCCCGAGAUCGACGCUGUCCUCCUCAGCCACGAGGACCACCCCGAUAACCUUGACGAGGUUGGACGAAAGGUCCUCGAAGGCAAAAAGGUCUUCACCACCAAAGACGGCGCCAAGAACAUUGGAGACAAGGCAAUUGUCACGGGCUUCGAUGCCGGUGACAGGGCCACCCUCGUUGCAGGAGGCAAAACGUUUGAGAUUAUCGCCACUCCUGCUGAGCACUUGCCGGGAGGCGAGUGCAUCGGCUUCCUUGUAACCUCGGCCGAUUUCGGAACAACCAAUGGCCUGCCUAAUGCCAUUUACUUCUCCGGCGACACCAUUUACAACCAAGAUGUUGCCAACAGCCUCAAGGGUUAUCACAUCAGCCUUGCUCUUCUCAAUCUUGGCAGAGCGGCUGUUGACGUGGGUGGGCCUGAGCCUAUGCCAAUCACCUUAGAUGGCAAGCAAGCUUCGCAGCUUAUCAUCGAUGCGAACGUUGAAAAGGUCGUACCCAUGCACUUUGAAGGAUGGGGGCACUUUAGCGAGGGCAGGGAGCCAGCCGCCAAGGCUUUUGAAGAGGCGGGCGUCAGCGAGAAGGUCUUCUGGCUGCCUCGUGGUGAGAAGAAGGUGUUUUUCUAA